AUGCAGAUUAACUUGCAACGACUACUUGUCGCUGCAGGUGCUGUAGCGAUAGCGGCAACAGCUUCACCAUUUGUUCCCUUUGAGCAGAAACCGUUGAUUGGGGAGUUGCACCGGCCAGAGACAAGCGAUGUCGGGGAAACAGCUUCUCGAAAGUUGACGGGGAAGUUCCUACAUAUUACAGACUUUCACUUGGACCGAUUCUACGUCCCCGGUUCGUUGACUGACGAAGACAAUGUCUGUCAUCACGGAAAACGAAAAGGAAAUGCAGGAUACUUAGGCACGCCGGGAUCCGAAUGCGACUCGCCGGAAUUGCUGAUCAACCAAACUUUCGGUUGGAUCAAAGAAAAUUUGAGGGACGAGGUCGACUUUGUCAUUUGGACCGGAGACUCUGCCCGCCACGAUAACGACGAACGUAUCCCACGAACGGAGAACCAAAUCGAAGAACUCAAUCAAGACAUUGCGAAUAAAUUCAUCCAGACCUUCAGUCAUAGCAGCACACACCCUGACGAAACUUUGAUAAUUCCCAUAAUUCCCAACAUCGGCAACAACGAUAUCAUGCCCCAUAACAUCUUCAAAAAGGGGCCGAACCGGUGGACAAAAACGCUGUCUCAAAUAUGGGAAGCCUUUAUACCGGAAGCACAGCGUCAUACAUUUGUCGAGGGCGGAUAUUUCUAUACAGAGGUCAUUCCAAACAAGCUCGCUGUAUUCAGUCUGAAUACCUUAUACUUUUACGAUUCCAACCAAGCCGUUGAUGGUUGCGCGCAAAAGUCGCAGCCGGGAUAUCACCAAAUGGAGUGGCUGCGCGUACAACUACAGCUCCUUCGCGAAAGAGACAUGAAGGCCAUUCUUAUGGGUCACGUCCCGCCUGCUAGGUCGGCGGACAAACAAGCCUGGGACGAGACGUGCUGGCAAAAGUACACCCUGUGGCUGCAGCAAUAUCGCGAUGUCGUGGUUGGCGGACUAUAUGGACACAUGAACAUCGAUCACUUUAUGUUUCAAGACUCGAAGGACAUAGACCUUCAGUAUCUUCUUCCUGAGGAGCACAUGUCACCGUUUGUUGCAGAGAACAACUACGAGAAUUUCACCAUCGAGUCUAAAGGCAGCUAUCUAACCAGUCUCCGUGAUCUAUGGGCUGACUUGCCAACUCCACCUGCAUCCGUUCUUGAAGACUGGUCGAUUUCGGACGUAGACGAGGAUGCCGGCGUAGCAAAGAAGAAAAGAAAGGGCAAGAAGAAAGAGAAAGAGAAGAAGGAGAAAUUCUACAAGAAAAUAGGAGGCAAAUAUGCGGAACGCUUCUCUCUUUCUCUUGUAUCUCCAAGUGUGGUUCCCAAUUACUACCCGACUUUACGUGUGAUUGAAUACGACAUUACCGAAAUGGAAAAGGUUCCUACAUGGGCCGACGUACAACACGACAAGGCCGGGAAGAAAGAUGAGCAAUGGGUUGAUCGAGAAAUUGAGAUUCAGAAGAAGUCUAAAAAGUCUCCAAUACCGGACCCGCCGUCCAAAAGUGCUCCGCCGGGGCCUGCUUAUUCGAGACAGCCAUUGACCCUUUUGAACAUUGCACAGUAUUAUGCCAAUAUUACCAAGGAAGAGGGAAUCAAGGGAGUGGUUGCAGCGAAUGAUGGCGUGGAUGAUGAAAGCUCGCCCAAGGGACUUCGGGUGAACUACGGAGUGGAGUAUCACACGAAUAAAGAUGACAUCUAUCGACUGGACGACCUGACUGUGCGCAGUAUAUACAAUUUGGCCACACGUAUAGGUGCGGGCGAUAAAGCAUCCUCCUUACCCACAGAGACGGAGGACGAUUACACCGAAAUAGACGAAAUCAAGGCUGAUCAAUUCGAGGAUGAGUCUGAUAUUGGCAGUACCAAGAAAAAUAAUACAACAAAGAAAAAGAGAAAAUACAAAACGAACAAGACAUGGAAAGCAUUUGCUGAGCGGGCGUUUGUGGGGUUCCUUGCCUAUGAUGAGAUUGAAGAUAAGUUAUAG